AGUGACACCCAAGAGUGCAGGCAUCAUGUCAGGGGCUGCGGCUAAGGUUGCCAAAGACAGAGCCGUAGCUGAUGGUCUCGGUACGAACAAGAACCCGAUGAAGUAUUUAAACCAGGACUAUGAAGAACUGCGGGCACAGUGUCUGGCGUCCCAGACCCUCUUCAAAGACGACCAGUUUCCUGCAUGUCCAUCAGCCCUGGGCUACAAAGAGUUAGGACCAAACUCUGCAAAAACCAACGGAAUCGUGUGGAAGAGACCCUCGGAAAUAUGUGGCAACCCCCAGUUCAUUGUAGAUGGAGCGACACGUGGAGACAUCCGUCAAGGGGCUCUCGGGGACUGCUGGCUCCUGGCGGCCAUUGCAUCGCUCACGUUGGACCAGAACAUCUUGGCUCGAGUUGUUCCAGAGAACCAGAGUUUUCAAAAAGGCUACACCGGAAUCUUCCACUUCCAGUUGUGGCAGUUUGGUGAGUGGAUGGAUGUUGUCGUGGAUGAUCGGCUGCCCACAAAAAAUGGAAACUUGGUGUUUGUCCAUUCAGCAGAGGGUGACGAGUUCUGGAGUGCGCUGCUGGAGAAGGCAUAUGCCAAGAUAAGUGGAUCAUAUGAAGCUCUGACAGGAGGAAGCACCAUUGAGGCCAUGGAGGACUUCACUGGAGGAAUCUCUGAGCAAUAUGACCUGAGGAAGGCGCCGGCCAAUCUCUAUCAGAUUAUACAGAAAGCUCUGAAGGCGGAAUCACUGCUCGGGUGUUCGAUUGAUAUUACAAAUGCUUAUGAAACGGAAGACAUCACAAGCAGGAAGCUGGUGAAAGGACAUGCAUAUUCAGUCACUGGAGCCGAAGAGGUGCUAUACCGAGGAGUAACAGUGCAGCUGAUUAGAGUGAGGAAUCCCUGGGGAGAAGUGGAAUGGACCGGAGCCUGGAGUGAUGAUGCCCCAGAGUGGAAUUACAUUGAUCCAAAAGCGAGGGCGGCUCUGGACAAGAAGGCGGAAGAUGGAGAAUUCUGGAUGGCAUAUUCAGAUUGGGUAAGGGAAUACUCUAAGCUGGAGAUCUGUAACCUGGCACCUGACACCCUGACAAGUAACGAGGUGCAUAAGUGGAAUACAACUCUGUUUAACGGCAGCUGGAUCCGGGGGUCGACGGCAGGAGGAUGUCAGAAUUACCCAGCAACAUUUUGGACAAAUCCCCAGUUCCAGGUGAAGCUGGAAGAACCAGAUGAUGAUCAUGAUGGACACUCACAUGAUCCUUGCUGUACGGUCAUUGUGGGACUAAUGCAGAAGAAUCGGAGGCGACAGAAAAAAUUAGGGGAGGACCUGCUGACCAUUGGCUUUGCCUUGUACAAGGUUCCUAAUGAGUUGCAGAAACAAACCGACGUCCAUCUCAACAGAGACUUUUUCCAGAGGACUCCAUCGGCUGCUCGCGCCGACACCUUCAUCAACAUGCGGGAAGUGUCUAAACGUAUAAAGUUACCGGUGGGAGAUUAUCUCAUUGUCCCAUCCACCUUCGAGCCAUUAAAACCUGGGGACUUCUGCCUGCGCAUCUUCUCCGAGAAAGCUGCCGAAUCUCUGGAGGUUGGUGACGUGAUGAAAGGUGUUCCUUAUGAGCCUCAGGUGUCAGACAAGGACGUGACCAAUGACUUCAGAAACAUCUUUCACAAACUGGCAGGAGACAAAGGUGAAGUCACGGCGAAGGACAUGCAGAAUAUCCUGAACAGACUUCUGUCAAAGAGAGCAGACUUAAAAUCAAACGGCUUCACCCUGGCCACAUGCAGAGAAAUGGUCUCCCUCAUGGACACAGAUGGAACCGGGACUCUAAAUCUUAUGGAAUUCAAAAGUCUCUGGCUGAAGAUACAGAAAUAUUUGGAAAUAUUCUUGAAAGCUGAUACAGAUAAAUCAGGAACCAUGGACGCCAAUGAAAUGAGAGUCGCCUUGCAGGAUGCAGGCUUCACUGUGAACAACACCAUCCAGCAGAUCAUUGCCCAGCGCUAUGCCGACGCUGACCUGACCAUCGACUUUGACUCUUUCAUUUCAUGCAUGAUCCGUUUGGAGACCUUAUUCAAAAUGUUUAAAACGAUGGACAAGAAUAACAGCGGAAGAAUCGACUUCUCCUUACCAGAGUGGAUGUGUGCUACGCUCGUCUAGAAGAGGAGGCCCCCCAAUCAAAAAGACUCACUCUCAUUAUGUUAAUUAUUGUACAAAUAACAAAAUCUUCCUAGGGAUAUUCUGGACAGUUUACGUUAUUCUAUGGGUGCUUUUGCUAAGUACUAAUUAGGUGCCAAGCCCUAAGGAAGGUUU